AUGGUUUGCUGGCUCGUGUGCCUGAUGCUGCAGCUGUUGUGUUUCGUCACGACGUGGUCCGGCGGAUUUGCGCACGAAAGCGCAGCGCCUUGGUGGAAUGGUGACAGUGGGCGCGCGGACGCACUGGAGCGGCACAUGAUAAAAAUCUACGAGAAGUACUCGCGGGAACUGCGCCAGUCCAGCGACGCCAACACCGUCAGAAGCUUCCGUGCGAUUCCAGUGAACGAGCAGCAGGUGGUGCACUUCCUCUUCAACCUCUCCACCCUGCAGAGGUCAGAGGUCAUCCUCUCUGCCUCCCUUCACUUCCUGUUGGACCCCCAGCCCCACCCCCAACCCCGCCCUCGCCUUAGAUCUGCCCCUCCCCCUGCCAUCCACCUGCUGUUCCAAGACGAGUCACCGGGGGCAACACCAGACCAGGGGCGUGUCCUUGGCAACCUGACGUCCAUGCCCCCUCAGCGAGGCGUGUGGCAGAUUGAGGAGGUGGGCGGGGUCAUUCGUCAAGCUGGAAAGGCGGGGCUAAUCAGUCUCCAGGUGGUUGGGGUGAGGGGCCAACAUAUGCCCCGCCUCUUCCUGGUAGUGUUUGCCAAUGACCACGCCCUCUCUCAGCCCAACAGCGUAGCCGCCUCCCUCCAGAGAUAUGACCACGCCCCCUCAGACCCCCCCGCAUCCAGACGCCCACGCAGGCACCUGCAAGCCCCGCCCUCAGACCCUCUCACCAGCAACCAGCUGCCACAUGACUCACACACACACACACACACUCACAUCCAUCACCACAGACACUCAAACACAGGCCAACUCACACACACAGGCUCGGGAAGGUCUGACGCGGCAAGGGAGGUGGAGGAGGAGGAAGAAGAGUCUCCCCUGUUGCGUUUCGACGAGCGGACCCUUCGGCAGGCACGCAGGCAGCAGCAGCAGAAGCAGCAGCAGCCAAUCAGCUGUGAGCGCAAACAGCUGCGCGUGGACUUCGCAGACGUAGGGUGGAGUGAGUGGGUGCUGCUGCCCAAAGCCUACGACGCAUACUACUGCACUGGAGCGUGCAGAUUCCCCUUAGCCAAGGCCCUGCGCCCCUCUAACCACGCCACGCUCCAGAGUAUAGUGAGUGCGGUGGGCAUCGUGACGGGUGUGCCCCCCCCCUGCUGUGUGCCCGCGGCGCUGAGUCCUCUGCCCGUGCUCUACAGAGACGCCGGCCACCAGCUGGUGCUUAAGCUUUACCCCAACAUGACCGUGGACACCUGCAGCUGCCGCUAGUGUGUGUGUGUGUAAGAGUGUGUGUGUGUG